CGGGCCGGGGGGGCGGUCUGUCCUCGGAGUCACAGUGGACAGUGGCCACGCUGUAUAUAAAAGCAAGCAAUUGCAGGCUCCGGCCCUGCCUCAAGCUGAACUCGAUAAAUCCAAACUUCAAAUCUCUCUCCCUGUGCCAAAGCUUUGUUGUAUUGUAUUGUAUUGCAGCUCAGAUGGACCCACCGCUGCAACCAGACCCCUUCCGGCCGCCGGAGACUCCGCAUGAGCCCAUGGAGUUCUUGUCCCGCUCCUGGAGCGCCUCCGCUCUCCAACUUUCCAGAGCUCUCUCCCCGGCCCAGAUUCUCACCAAGACCUUGGCCGCCGGUGUCAAAGCAGGUGGCCGUGACACUGCCGGGGAAGCUAUUCCGGAGGAACUCGCCGGAGAGGCCGAGGAGGCGGCAACUGUGUCCGGCAACCCUUUCUCGUUUGCUUCCUCCGAGACUUCGCAGCUUGUCAUGGAACGCAUAAUGUCGCAGUCUCAGGAGGUGUCGCCGCGGACUUCAGGAAGACUGUCCCACAGCAGUGGGCCUUUGAACGGAGGCUCUCUGACCGACAGCCCGCCAGUUUCCCCCUCCGAAAUCGACGACAAGUUUGCUCGUCUGAAUAACCCAAUAAAUGCUCCAUACGUUUGGUCCACUGGUGGCAGCGGAGCGGUGGCCACUGGUGGAGGGAAGACGGUGGGAAGGUGGUUGAAGGACAGGAGGGAGAAGAAGAAGGAAGAAACUAGGGCCCACAAUGCACAGCUCCAUGCUGCGGUCUCGGUUGCUGGAGUUGCUGCAGCAGUGGCUGCCAUUGCUGCUGCCACCGCUGCCUCUUCAGGCUCGGGGAAGGACGAGCAGAGGGCCAAGACAGAUAUGGCGGUUGCAUCAGCUGCCACAUUGGUGGCAGCGCAGUGUGUUGAAGCUGCUGAGACCAUGGGGGCAGAGCGUGAACACCUUGCCUCCGUUGUUAGCUCUGCUGUUAAUGUCCGGUCAGCCGGAGAUAUCAUGACUUUAACAGCGGCAGCUGCCACUGCUCUCCGUGGGGCAGCCACAUUGAAGGCUAGGGCGUUGAAAGAAGUCUGGAAUAUAGCAGCGGUGAUUCCAGUGGAGAAAGGAAUAGGGGUUGGUAAUGGAGCUGGCAACGGUAGUAAUGGCAGCUCCAAUGGUAGCUUCAGUGGUGAGCUUGUUCCUGAAGAGAACUUCUUAGGCAUAUGCAGUCGGGAGUUGCUGGCCCGAGGUUGUGAACUCCUCAAGCGAACUCGCAAAGGAGAUCUCCAUUGGAAAGUAGUGUCUGUUUAUAUCAACAGGAUGGGUCAGGUAAUACUCAAGAUGAAGAGCAGGCACGUUGCUGGGACCAUCACAAAAAAGAAAAAGAAUGUUGUGGUGGAAGUAUGUAAAGAUAUCCCCGCCUGGCCGGGCCGCCACCUGCUUGAGGGCGGCGAACACCGCCGGUACUUCGGACUGAAGACCUUGACGCGCGGCCUGGUCGAAUUCGAGUGCCGGAACCAGAGGGAGUGUGACAUUUGGACUCAGGGUGUGGCUAGGCUGCUCUCCAUUGCAGGUGAAAGAAGCAAUAAACACAGAAUUUGAAGUUCCAAGUAGAAUAAGAUAGUAUUAGAAUUUGGGAGAAUGGGGAAUUUGGUAUAGAAUUCAUGGCCCCUUGGGAGGCUUUGGACUAACCAAUAUGUUCAGGUAUUUGGUGGGUGCUUCUUUUUUUUUUUUUUUCCUUUUUGUUCUUUUGGGUUGUAAAAAAAGAGAGGAACUAAAGUAUUUAUAUAUAUGGUCUCUUUUAAUAUAUAUAUAUAUAUAUGGGCAUAUGGGUUUUGCUCUUUUUUCUUU